CCUCUCUGUAGCAGACCUUAAAGUGUGUCCACACUGAACAUCCAGGAUGACAGGGAUUAUUCUGUUUCUCUUGUUUCUGGGGUUUCCUCUUUACAAGACAGAGGAUCAUGUUGUCAAUGAGCUGUACACCCUGAUAGAAAAGGGUCAAACCACCUUUGUGGAUCCAGCUCCGAGCAACCAGACCCGGAUGGUGAUUAAAGAGCCCUCCCUGCCCAUCAACGAGCUUCUGGAGAAGAGCAGCAAGACCAGCGAGUCCAAAUUCACACUCCAUCCUCUCCCCUCUGCUGUUUGGCCAAAGCACAGUGAUCUGGCCCCCAUCCCUCGCCACCAUGGCCCCCACAACAAGAGCAAAAAGGGCCACAAGAGCGACCGUCUGGUGGAGCACAACAGCGAGAAAACCAGAGGAGAAGCUGCUGGUUUGCUUCCCAAAACCCCGCUGACAGGAGCUACAGCUGCUGUCACCAACCGCACCGUGCAGAAAACCAACCAGGACAUCCAGUCCAACGCCAGUCCUCCUCAGCAGGGUGAACCAGACGGACACCCCAACUCCAAACCCAGGGGCGCACCCCACACGCAGCCCCAGGCUCAGCCACACCAACCAGCCCCCUCGCCGCGCAGAGAUCCCCCCAACCGCCGGCUGGAUCAAGAGGAGAACCGGCCGGGGAAGUCCAGUCUGUAUCAGUCAGGUAUCGGUGCUGCGACCCGGAACAACAGCCGCCCGCCUGUCGUUUUGAACCGGCGCUCCUCCAGCCUGCUGUAUCACUUUGACAUCCUGAGGCGAGAGUCGGACUUCACACAUGACGCCUUCUGCAUGAGCGAGUGCAGGAAGGAGAAGGAGGAGAGAGAGUAUUACUGCUACAGUGAGUUUGCUGUCAAUGGGAUUGUUCACGACAUCGAUGUGGUGCGUAAAGGAAUACGCCUCAUUACACUGAUGGUGAGCAGUGACGGCUUCUACAAGAUGAGUCGUCUCUACGUGACGCCAGACAGCUUUUUCUUCAAGGUUCGCCUUCUGGUCCUGGACACCUACAAGUGCAGCAAGCCCUGCCCUGACAUCAAACUUGGGACCAGAUACAUUGUAAUGGGUCAGAUCUACCACCGGAGGCGCCACCUUCCCAGUGACCUCCUAAACCUUCUGGGGGGUAAACUGAAGCCUGGAGACGGCCUCCUGCGAAGCAACAACUACGUUAAGAGAUUCAACAAACGGAGGCACCAGAAAGCACUGGAGGCCACCCGCGCCAGGUGUAGGUGAACCAACGAUAAGACUAUCGCCCCCUGCUGCAGGGGAAGAGACAUUGCAGCUACCAAAACUGAUCAUAACUAACCCCUCAGUAUUGUGCAAGACAGAAGACAUUUCUCAGAAGGAAGGCAUGGAUUUAUUUUCAUAUGGACUGCUACGAUGUAUCCUAAUCCUGGUUCGCCUUUUUUUUUACUCCUUUGUAAAGUUCCUGAAGUUCUGACUUGUGGUGUCUUUGAUAGAAAACACAAGCAGCUUCAAUUAAACAGAUUUUUUGACGGUCAUUUUGUGACAUUUGGGGCAUCAAACAACUUUUAUUUUCUUAAAACAGCAAAUCCACUCAAACUCCUCAUUCAUUCAUGGCUGGUUCAUGAAGUCCAUUCAAAAUGUCAAAAAGGUAUAAUAUUAGCUCACUUUUAAAGGUACUAUGUGCAACUUUCAGAAAAUCGACAUGAGCUAGCACCCUGGGCAUUGUAAUCUUACCUGUCCAAUAGGAAGAAUGCCAUCUCAGGCUCGAUUUGAUCCACAAAACUAAACGAAGAUCACUAAAUGAACGCCCUGCUGAUGCUAUCCCGAGUUUCCCCCCAAUGUUGGUUUGGUCAACGUACUUUAUGGCAGGUGCUGGUUGUUUGUUGACGUAAGAGGACUCCAUUUCUAUUUGAACUACUUUUAGAGAAUGUAGAGAUAGUGGUACGACAUUCAUGUACAGCCAUAUGAUUAAAAAAAACUCCAUUAUAUCGACAACAAAUAAUGAAAGACACAUAACUUCCUUCUCAAGCGAACGUUAGCUAAUCUGCACACAGUGAAAGUCACAUACUGUUGAUUUUACUUGCAGAAAUGUACAUAACAAACAGUCCACAGGCCGUGAUAAGCAAAGUCAGGGAAAGUCUCGGUUUUUGGGUUACAUAGUAAUCUCUUAACACAUUCAAGGACAAAUUAUUUCAUGUCAGUUGUUUCAUAUAGUACCUUUAAAGGGAAAUUUGGCUCAAAGAAUGGGUUUAUUUUAUCAUCUUUCACCAGUAGUGUUUCUGUUUUAUUUAUGUGUGUUUAAUGAGACAAUAUUUGAGCUGAGAGAGAAACAGUAAGAUCCAGCCUCUUUAUUAUCAUUAUAAUUUGACCACACAUAUGAACAUGCAUAUAGAUUAGAUUAUUGGUUAAAUAUUGUUUUUUCCAGCUGUCGCAGUAGCUUUUCAAGGCAUGCUACCAUAAAAAAACAAAAACUUUUACACGAUAUUGGAGAUAAACUUAUUUUCAGUACAAACAUACUAGCUUUUCAAAAUAAUGGCAGUUACUUUGUACAUUUUAGGACAUGUAUGAACCUUGGAUCUCACAACAUUUUAAUCAUGUUGAUACCUUUGAUGAAUGGAUGAUGCUUUUAAAUUCAUAUGAAAGCAAAAGGCUGUACUUCACUGAAUAAUAUUGUUUUGUAACAUUCAGUCCCAUGCAUGUUGUCACUGUGGUUGUUAUUGGUGAGCAGGAAAUGCACAAUUAUUGUUACAAGGACCAAAGGGAGGGAAUGAAGGGCCUGAAAAAGCAGCGACAA